UGCAUAAAAUCUUCAAUUAUGGUUGCGGCUUAAAGCCUUCAAUGAACGUGAAGUACUUAGUCACGAUGUACAUCAGACAGCAGACACCUCGAUUAUACAAUAAAUCUACUUAUCGUCAAUAGUCUCGUCGUGAACAUGCUUCGAAAUCCUCUUGCACAGUAGCCCAUUCUCUCAGACGUCGAGAAUAGUAACCCAUGACGCAUUUUAACCAUGACACGAGCUAGCCUGGAAGGUGUUGCGGAAGUAAGAAUUAGUUGAGAGGGAUGAGUAUUAGUGAACCUCGCUGGGUCACUCGCAAAUCAAUGACGGGGUUCCGCCUUUUGAUUUUCAGGGUUAGAAUGUAUGUCUAGCGCGAUAUUUUUGCAUGAGCUUUGCAAGUUUUUAAAUGUGAGUAAUAUGAAGACAUGGGAACUCUUUCCGUUCCUUAAAUUUCACAAAACUGUGCUCUAGGUCUAUUUGUAAAGGGAGAUUGUUAGAGCAGGAGUGUGGGUUCUUGUAGCGGCUCAGAGAGUUCAGGCAACUUGUGCCCCCAUUGUGAGGAAAGUUCACUCCUCUUCUCGUCUGAUACAUUGUGUGCUUUUCCACGUUUCCAAACUUAGGUGAUCAUGUUUCUUUUAAAAUCGCUGAGAUUUUGAAAAGUAGUUUAUGCUUCGAACCAGUUUUUAUCAGAUGCCCAAGCGGGCGAUUCCUACAAUGGUCCCAAGAGCUGGUACAGUGGCCGUGCGGCGAUCAGCCAGGUUGGUAGCCGCAGCGGCAACUGAAAAUCCUGAUCACUCCAGCGUUGGGGAUUCUACCUCCCAAAAAACUCCGGAAGUACAAUCUGGAGCUAUACGUAGGUCAAAAAUUGCCCGAACCACCAAGCCUCAAGUGAAGAAAAGUAGGGAGAAUGCUGCGGAGAAAGAGGACGAAAGUUGCAAGAUUCAAUGUACGACUAAGAAUGUGAAAGUGGAAUCUAUUUCUGAGGCAAAGGAUUUCCGAGCGAAAGAGGUCAAGACAUUGCGAAGAACAAAAUCCCUGAAGAAGUUCCCCAGCAGAGAUUUAGAGAUGAAGCUUUGGGAGCUAGGAUUUCGUAACGUUGCUGGAGUGGAUGAAGCAGGGCGCGGUCCACUAGCUGGGCCUGUGGUAGCCGCAGCGUGCAUUAUUCCUGCCUCGGCCACAAUUCCAGGUGUGGACGAUAGUAAGAAGCUAACUGAGGCCCAACGGGAAGAACUGUAUGCCCAAAUUGUAGCCACUCCUGGAGUUGCUUAUGCUAUUCAUGUGGUGGAUGCAGCUAAAAUUGACGAAAUCAAUAUUUUACAGGCAACUUUACUUGCAAUGUCUACAUGUGUUAAGAAGCUCAGAAAAGAAAGAGGUGGAGAAGCUCCAGAUUACAUUCUUAUUGAUGGCAAUAGAAUUCCAGACGAACUUUCAAAAGAGGAAGCUCAGUUUGUUAUUAAGGGAGAUGCGGAGUGCCAUGUCAUUGCAGCAGCCUCUAUCUUGGCGAAAGUCACCCGUGACCGUAUGAUGGUGGAUUAUGACAGGAGGUGGCCAGUGUAUGGAUUCAAGGCUCACAAGGGCUAUGGAACUGCAGCCCACAUAGGAGCUCUGUUGAAUCAUGGACCCUGUGACAUUCACCGUCGUUCGUUUGCUCCUCUCAAGGGCUCCAACACUCUUCUGAGAUAGAGAUCAAGGCUCUGACACACUGGUGAAGAAUUUACAUCCUGGAUAUAUUUUAAUUGAUAGUAGUUUAUAAGUGAUGUUGAAGAAACUGUGACUUUGACAAUGGUUUCCAACCAUUUGAUGAUGAUAAAUGAAAGACCGUCCAACGAAAAA